UGGCUGUCGGUCGUUAUGUGCGGUGAUAUUCGUUAUUCGGUCCACUUUUAAAUUCGUUGUUUUGUCGUAAAACGGCUUUGGGCUUUUGUUUUGUGUUUUGUUGUGAUCAACGUAAAUAUUUAAAACAAAUGGUUUCAUUAAAAUUUAUGGGCAUUAAAAACUUAACCAAACUCAGUGGAGCACGUACAUACUUAUGUACGCACAUAUCUAAUUAAAUAGUAAAAACACUGAAAUAACUCAAACACCUUGAUCGUAUGUAAAUCAAAGCUGCAUGAAGAUUUGAUCACCUCACUCCUUCUUCGAUUGUACCAACUGGACAUCUGCAAUUAUACAAAUACAUGUGUUUUUAGGUUUAUAAUCACACAUUCGGUUGCGCGUGAGAUAUGCGGGAACACAGACACACAACACCUCGCCGACGCGGGCCAAUGUUUCCUCUACCGGCUCCACGAGGGGAACAUUAUGGAGAGCAAUCGGAAGUAUCGGAGUCUCCAUAUUACACCAUUGAUAAUACGGAGGAUAUUUACGGAACCACGCUUUUGCCAUCGCAACGUUGCUAUGUGGAUCCAUGGGAUUUGGAAAAUUACGACUACGUCAGAAAGAAACUAAGCUCCACGCCAGUACGUUCUUCGCCUGAGCCUUACUAUGAUACGUCGUUGUCGACUAGUCCGUAUUACAUGAUGACAUCUUCGCCGCAAGAGCUGCAUGACGAAGUUCGACUGGCCCCGUCACAACGUCUAGCUGCCACUAUACCACGAAAUAGGGGUCGCUCCCACUGGAACGAGACAUGUCAUCUAGACUGCUGCAUUUCACCAGUGUCAAUGCAGCGUCGUCGCUACGAAGAUACUCGCAGUGACCUAUAUGGCGUGGGUCACGGAAAAUAUGAGGAUUACAUGUCGCAUAUGAUGACAAGCUUAGAAGCGGAAGAAGAUGUAUAUACUGGUUAUGGUGGUGUCUCUUCGUCCUCCUCCACUGAAGUGCAGAGCUCCAUCGACGAGGAACAUACUCAAGCAUCAGCAAUGGCAGUGAACAAAACUUCCGGCUAUAAUACCACGAUGCGACGACGCAGUGGUCCUGCAUGUGAAAAACCUGCUCCAUAUUUGGAGUUUCCAGCCCCUCCAUCUCUACCUCCUCCACCCCUCACUUUUGACUACUCCAAACCUUCUGCAGCCUCACCGUAUUAUAGCUCAGCAGAUUGUAUGGAUUGCUCAAUGAUCUAUGCCACCUCUCCUUCGAUUUACGGUUACAUAGAUCGGAGUUAUAAAGGAAGUACCAUUUAUGGUAGUACCAUAGGGCGGAGACCGUCUUCGUCGCUCUGCAGCGGAAUAUAUGGACAUAAAUUUGGGUUGAGCAAAAAAGGACUUUUGCAAAUCGACUAUUCGUGCAGUUGGAAUGAUCUAGAUCGCAUUAUUGGCCGUCACUACUGAAGAAAAUUAUCAUCCUGAGUUGAAUCACUCACUUAUUUAUAUUUGAACAGUAUACUUUAUAUCGUUUUUGUUGUAAAAUUACA